UCUGUGGAAAAUAAAGCAUUUUAUAGGCGGAGCUAAUGAACACCUCUUUUAAAACCCAAGUCUCCAUGCUUCCCUGUUCACUUUGGUUCCAACAUUCUGCCUAGCAAAGAAGCAGUCAGUCAAAAUGAUACCCGGAGGCUUAUCUGAGGCCAAACCCGCCACUCCAGAAAUUCAGGAGAUUGUUGAUAAGGUUAAACCACAGCUUGAAGAAGAAACAAAUGAGAAAUACGAAAAAUUGGAAGCUGUGGAGUAUAAAACUCAAGUCGUUGCUGGAACAAAUUACUACAUUAAGGUACAAGCAGGUGAUAACCGUUAUAUGCACUUGAAAGUAUUCAAAAGUCUUCCCGGACAAAAUGAGAAUUUGGUGCUUUCUGGAUACCAGACUGACAAAAGCAAGGAUGACGAGCUGACUGGCUUUUAGCAGCACGUUCCCGGAGUGCUCUGAUUCCUUCUACCGAGUCAUGAUCCCUGCUGAGAAAUGUAACCGUCAAUAAAGAUGCAUUAUUUAAAAAAAUAUAUUUCUUCAAUUAUUUCUUAUUUAUUGUAUUAAGUAAAAAUUAUUUUUUCUUUCUCAAAAUCCAUGUUACUGCUUUAGAGUAUAAAUUCCAUAUAAAUUGGUGUCAUUGGAAAUCUUAGAAAAACUAGACAAGCCUAAUGCAACUGGCUAAAGGAUAGCACCACCCUUACCUCCACCACAGGCAGGCUGGAUUGUGGACUGUCAGUUCACCAGCCUCUUGUUCCUUGUGGUUGCUGAGAACCCAACAUUCCAUUUCUACCCUCAUACUUCAAAAUUAAAUCAAGCAUUUUACAAAGU